CUCGCAUGUGCUUGAGAGAAGAGACAAGAUAAAGAGGCGUACGUCCACCCUCCCAGCUCCCCUCUCCCGCUCCCAGCUUCUUACUGUUCUUGUUGAAGCUUCUCACUCUCUGGUGUUUUGUUUUGAAGCUUCUUACUCUGGUGUUUUUGUUUUGAAGCUUUACUGCAAUCAUGGCGGAACACAAGAAUGGCGUAGCUACAAACGGCUACGAGAAGAAAUCUUCUCCUGCUUCGUCUUCUACCAAAUCUGAAGCUAAGCCUCUUCCUAAUGGUGACAAGAAGGAUGGUAUCGUCAAGAGCUUCAAGCAACUCCGCGUCGCGAGUAAACGGCCGCUCCCGAAGGAGAUGGGCGAUGGGUCGUAUCGUGUUGUGGAGAAUAGACCGGGUUUGAAGCAGGACAUUCGACGUCUUCGUGGAAGAGAUCUCAAAACACUGCUCGAGAUCGUCAAGGCCAAAGUCAAGGGUGAAACUCAACAGGAUGACAAGACGAUGAUCAUGGAGCGCACAAUUCAACUCGUCGCUAAUUUGAGCGAUCACUCCAAGGUUCAGGAGUCUUUGACGAAUAGUUUCAUCUCGCAGCUUUGGAACUCGAUUGAUCAUCCGCCUAUGCUGUACAUGGGAGAUAAGUUUCGGUUCCGACAGCCUGAUGGGUCUAACAAUAACCCGUAUCUUCCUCAAUUGGGCGCCGCGAGAACCCCCUACUCUAGAACCGUCCGUCCCAAGGGCAUGAGUCUUGGUGCGCAGCCUGAUCCCGAGGCUAUUUUCGAGAGUGUCUUUGCGAGAGACGCUUUUAGGAAGAAUCCGAACAAUGUUUCGAGUAUUCUUUGGUACUGGGCCACUAUUAUCAUUCACGACCUCUUCUGGACAAACCUCCAAGACCCUAACCAGAACGACUCCUCCUCCUAUCUCGACCUCGCCCCUCUCUACGGCUCAACCGAAAAAGACCGCGACUCAAUCAGAACAUUCAAGGACGGUCAAUUGAAACCUGAUUGUUUCGCUGAUAAGCGUCUGAUCGGUAAUCCACCCGGUGUUCCCAUCCUUCUCAUCAUGUUCAACCGCUUUCACAACCAUGUCGCCACGAACCUCGCAGACAUCAACGAGGGCGGUCGCUUCUCCAAACCAGCUGAGCAUCUCUCUCCCGAAGCUGCAGAUGCUGCUUGGAAGAAGCGCGACACGGAGCUCUUUGAAACAGCGAGACUUGUUACCAGUGGGCUGUACAUCAACAUCACGCUUAUUGACUAUGUGAGAAACAUCAUCAACUUGAACAGGGUUGAUACGACGUGGACUCUUGAUCCGAGACAGGAAAUGGGCGUUAGUGUCGGCACGAAGGACCUGUCGGAGAGUGGCACGGGAAACGUCGUCUCUGCUGAAUUCAACCUUUGCUAUCGCUGGCACUCGUGUCUCUCGGAGAUGGACGACAAGUGGGUUCAGGAUUUCUACACUGAGCUUCUCGGUGAGAACUAUGGGCCUAUGAACCUGCAGACUAUGAUGAAGGCACUCAAAGCGUUCGAGGCUAGUGUUGCUGAUGAGCCGAGUGAGAGAACCUUUGGCGGCUUCAAGAGAGGUCCUGAUGGCAAGUUUAACGAUGAUGAACUGGUUGAGGCGCUGGCUACGGCUAUUGAACAGCCUGGUGGUGCAUUCGGCGGACGCAAUGUUCCACGCAUCAUGAAGCCUAUUGAGAUGCUGGGUAUCAUGCGUGGGAGGAAGUGGAACUUGGCGGGAUUGAAUGAGUUUAGGAAGCAUUUCGGGUUGAAGGCGUAUGAGACGUUUGAGGACAUCAACUCUGAUCCCUCCGUCGCUGAUGCCCUGCGCAAUCUGUAUCAGCAUCCCGAUUACGUCGAGUUGUACCCUGGCAUCGUCGCCGAGGAAGCAAAGACUCCCAUGGUUCCUGGUGUUGGUAUCGCGCCGACGUACACCAUCUCUCGAGUCGUCCUCUCCGAUGCUGUGGCCCUGGUCAGAGGUGAUAGGUACUACACCACCGACUACAACCCUCGCCACUUGACGAACUGGGGAUACAAGGAAGUCGAUUACGAUCUCAAGGUUAACCACGGCUGUGUCUUUUACAAACUCUUCCUCCGUGCAUUCCCCCAGCACUUCAAGGGCAACUCCGUCUACGCUCACUACCCAAUGGUCAUCCCCUCCGAGAACAAGAAGAUCCUCACAAACAUCAAGCGCGCAGACCGCUUUGACUUUUCCCGUCCCGAACCCACAGCCACACGUAUCAAUAUCAUCGGGUACAACGCGGCAAAGUACAUUCUCGAGGACCAGCAAAAGUACCGCGUCUGCUGGGAAGAAGGCCUCAAGCACCUCAUGGGCGAAGCAGGCGGUCGCUUCAUGUUAUCGGGCGACACGGCGCUGCACGCCCAGCAGCGUAAGUGCAUGGGCAAGCUCUUGUACAACGACACGUGGCGCAAUGCAGUGAAGUCAUUUUAUGCGACAACCGCUGAGAAACUACUCGCGGAGAAGUCGUACAGACUUGCGAGGAAGAUGCAGGUUGAUGUUGUACGGGACGUGGGUAACGUUGCGCACACGCACUUUGUCGCGAGGAUGUUUAACCUGCCCCUCAAGACGAGCGAGAAUCCAAAGGGUGUGUUCUCCGAGCAGGAGCUGUACAUGAUUCUCGCUGUCAUCUUUGUCUGUAUCUUCUUUGACAUUGAUCCUGCCAAGAGUUUCCCGCUUAGACAGGGUGCGCGAGAGGUUGCGCAGAAACUUGGUGGUAUUAUUGAGAUGAAUGUCAAGUUGGCGAAUAGCAUUGGUGUCAAGGGACUUUUCACUAGCAAGCCGGAUAAGAAUGAUGAUCCGCUGGCGAGGUAUGGUGAGAAUAUGGCGAAGGGAUUGAAGAAGGCGGGCUUGAGUACGGAGGAUAUUGUCUGGAGUCAGAUCCUGCCUACGGCUGGUGCUAUGGUGCCCAACCAGGCUCAAGUGGUAAGUCAAACUUCCCCUACUCUUCAAUUGAGUGAGUGAGUGCUAAUGAGUUUAGUUUGCGCAAACGCUGGAUUGGUAUCUCUCACCAGCAGGCGAGAAAUACCGCCCCGAACUAGCCCGCAUCGCCGCCCUCGAAACAGGCGACGAGACAGACGCCUUGCUCCUCGGCUACGCAAUGGAAGGCAUCCGCAUGGCCGGCACAUUCGGUCUCUACCGCGAAGCUACGGGCCCCGACACAAUCCACGAGGACGACGGCCGCAGCAUCCCCGUGAACGCCGGCGACCGCGUCUUUGUAUCGUUCGUCCAAGCAGCCCAAGACCCCAAGAUCUUCCCCAACCCUGGAGUCGUGGACCCGAAGCGUCCGCUGGAUAAGUACAUCCACUAUGGCGUUGGACCGCACGCGUGUCUGGGACGGGAUAUCAGCCAGGUUGCGCUCACGGAGCUAUUUAGAGCGGUGUUUAGGAAGAAGGGUGUUAGGAGAGUGCCGGGCGCGCAGGGAGAGUUGAAGAAGGUGCCGAGACCGGGCGGUUUCUUUGUCUAUAUGACGGAGGAUUGGGGAAGCAUUUGGCCGUUUCCUACGAGUAUGAAGAUUACCUGGGAUGAGUAGGCAAUUGGUAGCUGUAGUGAUGUAAUGGUGGAUGGGUAGAUUGUAAUUAAUUCUCUUUGUUCAUGCUUUCAAGUGGCUGUGGCACUGAUCUUUUUACUCUUCUGUUC